UGAGACGGUGUUAAAUUGUAAACACUGGCAAACUCGGCGACUGCUGUCCUAACGUUGGGAUGGAAAUAUAAGGUUGACAUCCAGGUGUGGGACCAAAUAUUAUUCUUCGGUGCAUGGACGCAAAGCCAAUGCGCAGGGCCACCAGUGCACGCCAAGACGCCACGGGAAUGGACAUCACCAGUCGCUGCACCCUGGGGGACCCCAACAAACUUCCCGAAGGGGUCCCCCAGCCCGCGCGCAUGCCGUACGUCUCAGACAAGCACCCUCGUCAGACCCUGGAGGUGAUCAACCUGCUGCGAAAACACCGUGAGCUGUGUGAUGUGGUGCUGGUGGUGGGCGCCAAAAAGAUCUAUGCUCAUCGUGUCAUCCUGUCUGCCUGCAGUCCCUACUUCAGGGCCAUGUUUACUGGAGAGCUGGCAGAGAGCAGGCAGACGGAGGUGGUUAUCCGUGACAUUGAUGAGAGGGCCAUGGAGCUUCUCAUUGAUUUUGCCUACACCUCGCAGGUUACAGUAGAGGAGGGGAAUGUGCAGACCUUACUCCCCGCUGCCUGUCUGCUCCAGCUCGCUGAGAUCCAGGAGGCCUGCUGUGAGUUCCUCAAGAGGCAGCUGGACCCAUCCAACUGUCUGGGCAUCAGGGCGUUUGCAGACACGCACUCCUGCCGUGAGCUGCUUAGGAUUGCCGACAAGUUCACCCAGCACAACUUCCAGGAGGUGAUGGAGAGUGAGGAGUUCAUGCUGUUGCCGGCUAACCAGUUGAUUGACAUCAUCUCCAGCGAUGAGCUCAACGUGCGUAGCGAGGAACAAGUUUUCAACGCUGUGAUGGCCUGGGUGAAAUACAGCAUUCAGGAGCGUCGACCUCAAUUACCACAGGUCCUGCAGCAUGUCCGCCUGCCGCUACUCAGCCCCAAGUUCCUGGUGGGCACCGUCGGUUCAGACCCUCUCAUCAAGAGUGAUGAAGAAUGCAGAGACUUGGUUGAUGAAGCGAAGAACUACCUGCUGCUACCACAGGAGAGACCUCUAAUGCAAGGCCCCAGGACCCGGCCUAGGAAACCCAUCCGCUGUGGUGAAGUUCUCUUUGCAGUUGGUGGCUGGUGUAGCGGGGAUGCCAUUUCCAGUGUGGAGCGUUACGAUCCUCAGACCAACGAGUGGCGAAUGGUGGCGUCCAUGAGCAAGCGGCGAUGCGGUGUUGGUGUCAGCGUUCUUGACGACUUGCUCUAUGCCGUGGGAGGUCACGAUGGCUCAUCCUACCUCAACUCAGUGGAAAGAUAUGACCCUAAGACCAACCAGUGGAGCAGUGAUGUGGCUCCUACCAGUACAUGUCGAACCAGUGUGGGCGUGGCUGUACUUGGGGGAUAUCUGUAUGCUGUGGGCGGACAGGAUGGGGUCUCCUGUCUUAACAUAGUUGAAAGGUACGACCCGAAAGAGAACAAGUGGACACGAGUGGCCUCCAUGAGCACCAGGAGACUGGGGGUAGCUGUGGCUGUGUUGGGGGGCUUCCUCUACGCUGUGGGAGGGUCUGAUGGGACCUCACCCCUGAACACAGUGGAACGCUAUAACCCUCAGGAGAACCGCUGGCACACUGUCUCCCCCAUGGGCACGAGGAGGAAGCACCUGGGCUGUGCCGUCUACCAGGACAUGAUCUACUCCGUAGGUGGGAGAGACGACACCACCGAGCUGAGCAGUGCCGAGAGAUACAACCCCAGAACCAAUCAGUGGUCUCCUGUAGUGGCAAUGACCUCCAGGCGGAGUGGGGUGGGCCUUGCUGUGGUAAAUGGUCAGCUGAUGGCAGUGGGCGGGUUUGACGGGACAACGUAUCUUAAAACUAUAGAAGUCUAUGACCCCGACGCCAACACGUGGAGGUUGUAUGGAGGAAUGAACUACCGCCGACUAGGAGGAGGGGUGGGCGUCAUUAAAAUGACUCACUGUGAAUCCCACAUAUGGUAACAUCCGCUCCCUCCACCCAUCGCCGCCAUGCUGGAACAGAUGCCUCCUUUCACUGAUCCUGUAUGUCGGGCCGUUUCAUCAUUCAGUCCCCUAAAUGCACUAGUCACAGAAAAAAGGCCACUAGUGUUUAUUUUUCGCUGACAUUUACCAGUCGCUACUGUAUGUUUACUAGUUCCUAAAAAUAGCUACGAGGUCCAAUUUCAUAGCUACUUAUCACAAAUUUUGUUGCAACUAGUCACUCUUCUGUUUGAACAUGUAAUAAUUUGAUAAGGACAGGUAACUGUUUUAUAUUUGUCACUCAUUUCUUUUUACAUGCAACUUUUCUUAUUAGUUAAAAAUCAAGCAAGUUUUAACCAAACCCUAUUGGGCUACGCUGUUAUAAAGGUUUUAAUUGGCUCUAGAUUCUUAUCCAUUUCUACUAGUCACUGUGCAUUAGUUACUAGUAACUAUACAGUCUACUACUACUAACUAUAUGAUAACGAUUGGUUAGUCUAACUUGGACUUGUCACAUUUUCGUCAUUGCUAAUGGAUAAUGAAUAAUGACUAGUGGUAUUUUGAUAAAGUCCAAUUAUUAUUUAUCAUUAAGAUAUUUUCAUUGUCAUUUUAUUUUACUGGACAUGUUUUAGAUACUAGCAAUUGAUAAUGACAUCUCAGAACUGCAAAAUUUAGAAAAAUUACUGGUAAUUGUGAAGUAAGUUCGAGUACUUAUCAAAUUAUUACUGGUAAAAACAGAAAAGUGACUGGUAAAAAAAAAAGUGAUUAGUGCCCGUUGAAUGGGAACAAAAACUUUAUUUGAAAUUAAAAUUGUCACAAGAUGGCAGAAAAGUGAGUAGCCAGCAACUUAAUAAGAACUAGUGGAACUAGUGGUUAAUGAUCAUGGGACUGGU